AUGCAGUUCAGUCCCAAUAAAACCUCGCCAACAAGGUCAGAUUCAUUCACAGCGAUUCGAGCCGAACAUCUUUGAACGAACAACGGGUAAGAUUUGCGUGCAAACUUCUGAAGCAAUCAAGGUUUCUUUUCAGAAAAGUCGAUUCUAUUCGAACAUGCCCGCCUACUCCGAUCUUCCGAACUUUGCCGUGCAGACUCAUCCAGUCGAGGCGCCGAUCGAAGAGUACUUCUUCGAAGGAGCCGAGAAACUGUUGGAGAUCUGGUUCUGCAGCUCCAAAGGCUUCAAGAGCUCGCUGCGACGCAUCCCGAGGGCCGAAAUCGACGCGAUGCUCGACGUGGCGAGGUGUAAGAUCCUGCACUCGAAGCACAACGAAUCGAUCGACUCGUACGUGCUCAGCGAGAGCUCGCUCUUCGUCUCCGACCACCGAAUCAUCAUGAAAACGUGCGGCUCGACGCGUCUUCUCGCCGCUCUUCCAGUCAUCAUGCAGUUGGCGGGGACCUAUGCUCAACUGGACCAGGUGCAAUCGGUCUACUACUCGCGCAAGAACUUCAUCCGUCCCGACCUGCAGCCACCGCUCCACAAGAACUUUGACGCCGAAGUCGAGUACCUCGACAGUUUCUUCGCGGACGGACACGCGUACUGUCUGGGAUCUCUGAAGCAGGACCGCUGGUAUCUCUACACGUUCCACCGUCAAGUACAGUUCCCCGCCAGCAAGGGAUCCGAUCACACACUCGAGAUUCUGAUGAGCGACCUCGACGACUCGGUGCUCACCACGUUCACGAAGGACUGCGCCGUCGACGCAACUGCUUGUUUUGAGGUAAGCGAAAUAUUUCGAGAGGGAUAACCUUGGAAUCGACGCUGAUAAGAUAAGAAGUUCUUCGAAGAUGAAGGAGAAAUAUCGAAACGUGGACUAUCGUUUUAAUCAACCCGACGGCUAACUGGCCUUGAACGUUUCCCGGUUGAAUUCAAUAUCUUCACUAUACACCGAAGAUCUCUUUUUUAUCAUUUUGGGGUUUGUGCCCAACUGCGUUCUCUGAAACUCGUUUACUACUAUUCUUUCACUUUUCAGGCAGCCGGUAUCCAUAAAGUAGUGCCAGCUGGCGCCGAGAUCCACGACGAGCUGUUCGAUCCGUGCGGGUACAGUAUGAACGCCUACAUGAACGACACGGAUCAAUACGCGACGAUCCAUGUGACGCCCGAGAAAGAGUUCUCGUUCGCCUCGUUCGAAACCAACCAGGACCUCGUGUGUCUCUACUCACAGACCCAGAGAGUUUUACAGUGUUUCAAGUACGGCAACACCUCAUUUUUUAUGUCAAUAACUUUUUGUAUUUCAGACCUGGCAAAGUGUUGAUGACUGUGUUCGCCAAUGACAUUUCUUCGAAAGGCAAGGACGCGCAACAACAGCUCUGGGACCGGGAACUGCCCGGAUAUCGGCGUACGAACGUGCAGUUUGUCAAACUUGAGGUAUUCAGACAAUUUCACACAAUAGUCUUCAAGUUUGAAACCUAAAAUGAUUACAGGCGGAUUCGCUGGUCUACGCCCACUUUGUGCGGGAGUCCACGCUCGAUUCGUCAAGCGACGAGGACGACGGAGCACGCUCCGACUGA